CACACACUUACAACCAACACAUUCCCUCCCACCCAUACCCGGACCGGAUCUAGUAUAUAAAAGAACCCCCCUGCAUGCCGAAAGUCCUUAUCUUCACCGGUGCCCCGGAGCCCGACUGGUCCUCCCCGGACCUCAUCCCCGCCCCGGGUCCCACUCCGGCAUCUCACUCGACAUCAUCACCACCACCACCACCACCCUCCGCCCCGUCCUGGCGGUCCCUACCCCUCCACCGUCAACCCCUGACGACGGGCUUCUCCCAACCCCACGGCCUGCCCUCCGACUUCCCGGCCCCGGCCCACUUCUUCUCCCUGUCCCUCUCCUUCGCCUCCCAGCAGCAAGACAUUACCGCGACCACGGCCAGCCAGCCGUCGUCCCAGGACCAGCUGCUAUCGCAGUUUUACGACCACUCCCUCGCCCUGCACCAUGACCUCGCCUCCUCCCAGCUCCCUCCCCCGUCGACCCCCUCGCGUUCCGGCGGGGCCCCGACACAAGGCCAGCACGCGGACUCCUUCGACACGACGGCCGGCGACUCCUUCGUCAGCGAGACGACCGACUCCUUCCUGGACAACGCCACCACCACCAUCAUCGCCACCCCCAGCGCCCGGCCCGCACUGGUCACGUCCCACCGCCUGACCGACUUGCGAGACGUGCCCCCGGCCCCGGACCUCCUCCGCCUCGCGCCCCAGACCGUCACCGUCAACCUCAUCGCCGGCGUCAUCUCCGUCUCGGAGCCGCGCCCCAUCAGGACCCGCUGGGGCAACGAGCUGUCCCUCGUCGAGGUCCUCGUCGGCGACGACACCCGCGCCGGCUUCGGCGUCACCUUCUGGCUUCCCCCGGACGGUGGAAACGGUAGUGGGAACGGGAACGGGAACGCCGGCGGCAGUGAUCCGAGCACGCCCGCGCGGCUGAGAAGGCAGGACGUUAUCCUCUUGCAGAACGUCGCCCUACACGCCUUCCGGGGCAAGGUGUACGGCCAGAGCCUGCGCAAGGGUCUGACGAGGACGACGGUGCUGUACCGGAGGAAGCUGGCCGAGGACGACGAGGGCGGCUACUAUCGCCGGCGGGACCUGGACGCCGCCGGUGACGCCGCCGGCGACGACGGCAACGGCGGCGAGGAGACGCAUCCGCAGCUGGUCAAGACGAAGAGGGUGUGGGAGUGGGUGCUGUGGUUCGUCAGCGGGGAGGAGAGGCCCAAUGCCAAGGGGAAGAAGAAGAGGGGCUGGGACGCGCCGCCUGACGAUACCCAGUGA